AUGUUUCUUAAUUUAUUAUAAUUAUUUAGAGGUGAUAAAUAAAUUGAUCAUCCAAUUCUAGGGCAAAUGUCAUGCAAAAGUCUUUAAGAAGCAUACAAAAACUGUAUGAGUUUCAUUGAUAAUGAAUAGUAUCAAUAAAAAUAAUGUCGCCCUUAUUAUAAUUUAUGUAUGUUGCUAAAUAAUUAAUUUUUGUUUAGCUGUCUCUUGCUUUUAAGCUAAGGAUGAUGUAGAAUUUCAAUAAUUUAUUGAUGAAAAAAUAGAUGAAAGAAGAAGACUUGUUAAAGUAAAAAUCAAUCUAUAUCUAAAGUUUUUAAAAGAAAACAAAUCUUAAUUGCCUGAAUUGUAAAAAUCAAAUUAACAAUAAUUUUUUAAUUUAUUUUAAUUUGUAGAUGAUGAAUAAGUAUAAGAAGAAUAAGUCAAAAACUUUUAUUAAAAGUAAUAAUAGGAGAAUAAAAAGUAUUUGUGA